AUGGAUUCCAAUGUCCCUGUCCCCGUUGACCAUCAAUUGGCGCCACCACAAUACAACGAACUCAUUAGCAACCCCCUCGAAAAAAUAACUCUGGACGUUGGUGGCCAUAAAUUUACUGCAACAAUCAAUAGUCUCACCACCAAGAGUUUUCUUUUCAAGCUGCUUCUGCAAGGUGAUUGGAAGUCUUCUUUGCAGGAAGAUCAAAGCAUCUUCAUCGACUCGGAUCCAGAAGCAUUCCGGCACAUUCUCCAGUACCUGCGGCGCGGUGUGUUCCCAUUGAUCUAUGACCAGAAAAAGGGGCACAACUACAAGCUCUACGCUGAUAUCCUAGCCGAGGCAAAACAUUUCGGCAUCCCCAAGUUAGAAUGCUGGCUCAACGAUCAGCUGUACUUGCGCUGCAUCACCAGCUCAACAGUGUGGAGUUCCGCAUACAAGAAUGAUAGGAUUCCAACUGGGUUUCAAACGACAUCAAUUUGGGGUAGCGAUGUCACCUCCACACAGCUCGUGCAACAGGACGUCAACACCGUCAAGACACCUAUCUGUCCUCAUCUUGCUGAGGAUCGAAGCCCGUGCCCGAAGCGGUCUUGCUACCUUUCCUUGGGAACAAUGCAGGAUAAUGUCGAGAAAUAUCGUUGGGCCGAAGUCGGUAGGUCGAUCAGGUUCAUUCAAGGAUGGUGUAGUGACUCAGGGUAA